CAGCCAGCGCACUCUGCCAGGGCACACCCGCCCGUCACUUCUCUCUCUCCCUCUCUCUUGCUCCGAGCCCCCGGCCAGAAUUGGGGGAGAGACGUGUUAAGAAGGGGUGCCAGAGACGGCGCCAAGCGCUUGUCAAGGGGUGUGAAAAUGAAGGUGGUUUCCUGCAUCUUCCUGGCCACCCUGCUGAAAGCUGCAUUCGCACAAGAGGACCCCAACGCUUACACGGAAUGCACCGACGGCUAUCAGUGGGACGCCGAAACCCAGCACUGCAAAGAUAUCAACGAAUGCGAGACCAUCCACCAUGCCUGCAAAGGGGAGAUGAAAUGUAUCAACCAUUACGGGGGAUACCUCUGCCUUCCGCGUUCCGCCUCGGUCAUCAACGACGUGAAUGCCGAACGGCCGCCUCCUGGCAAUCCCGACAGGUCGGUUCGCCCACCGGACCAGCCCUCCGGCCGACCUCACACUUGCUCCCAGGGCUACGAGCCUGACCACUACGGAUCCUGCGUGGACAUGGAUGAAUGUGAAUACGAUUUGCACGACUGCCAGCCAAGCCAGCAGUGUAUCAACACCAUCGGGAGUUUUCACUGUCAGUGCCCGGAGGGCUACCGGAAGAUCGGGACGGAGUGUGUAGACAUCGACGAAUGCCAUUACCGUUAUUGUCAACACCGUUGCGUCAAUUCCCCAGGAUCUUUCACCUGUCAGUGUGAAUCUGGAUUCCAGCUCUCAAGUAACAACCGCUCGUGUGUAGAUGUGAACGAGUGCGAGAUGGGAGCCCCUUGCAAGCAACGCUGUUUCAACACCUAUGGCACUUUCAUCUGCCGUUGCAAUCAAGGAUACGAGCUGGACCACACCGGCUUUACCUGCAAAGACGUGGAUGAAUGCAGCUAUUCGACUUACUUGUGCCAAUACCAGUGUGUGAACGAACCCGGACGCUUCUCCUGCGUUUGUCCUCAAGGUUACAACCUCGUGAGCACCCGGCUUUGCCAAGAUAUUAACGAAUGCGAAUUAGACAGCAAUCAGUGCACCGAAGCCCAGAACUGCGUGAACUUUCACGGAGGGUAUCGGUGUGUGGAGAAGAAGCUGUGCCAAGAACCUUACGUCCACGUCUCUGAAAACCGCUGUCUGUGCCCGACCUCAAACCCCCUUUGUCAUGAGAAGCCUUCCUCUGUCAUCUACCGGUAUAUGAGCAUCUUGGCCGAUCGGACGGUGCCCUCGGACAUUUUCCAAAUUCAAGCCACCACCUUCUACCCAGGAUCCUUUAACACCUUCCAAAUCCGUUCAGGCAACGAGGAUGGAGAAUUUUACAUCCGGCAAAUCAGCAACAUCAGUGCCAUGUUGGUCCUCUCUCGGGCUGUUGUGGGUCCCCGUGAGUUUGUGCUAGAUUUAGAGAUGGUGACCGUCAAUAACUUGAUGAGCUACCAAGCCAGCUCGGUGCUCCGCCUCACCGUCUUCGUGGGCGCUCAUCCGUUUUAGGGGGGGCAUAUCUCCCCCCCCUUACCUGGCGUGGCAAGGAAAGAGGAAACGCCUGUCCCAUGAUGGAGAAACAAUCGAAUAUAAAAAAGGACACAACUCUACAGAUAUGAAAAAUGGAGUCCGAUGCUCUCAUGGACUUCCCCAGCCAACGGUCCACCAAGAAUCGCCAAUUGCCAGAUCUGGACAGGUCCCGCACAACCGGAUCCAUAGCUCAUCCUGGAUGAAACCCACCCUUUCUUAGCAUCAGUUCCUUGACCCGUAACGCCAGGCCGAUGACUCCACCUUGUCUCCUUAUCCAUAACACCAGGCCAAUGACACCACCUUGUCUCCUUAUUCCCCCGGGGGAGAGAACAACUUGGAAAUGGGAUAGAAUAACCCUCCCCUGUCCUUGGGAUGGAGGGAGGACCUUGUGAACA